AGUCUAUAUAGGUAUUGCUGUAUUCAAAUCAUACUGGUCAAAUUUCUGUUUUCCUUUGGUCAAAUUAUGUUAUCUGGUUUUCUUGUGUCCACUUUUUUCUUCAAGGUAUAUGAUGGUGAAACGAAAAACCAGGACGGAAACGGAUUCCUUCUUUAUCAGGACUUCGCCGCCACAACUUUCGCAUUCCCCGUCACCUGACCCCUACUAACCAAUCAGAUUCUGUCUGCGUGGGCCAGGCUGCCCGAUUGGACAUCAUGAGCCUCCCCACACUUGUGGUGGCAUUGGUGCUGACGUUGUGCGCCUGGAUUACGCUUUGUGGAGACAUUUCGUGCGAUUCCGGAUGGGAGGUGUUCGGCUCCAGCUGCUACAAGAAGAUGCCAGCCACCAACGGUUGGCUGGGGGCCCGUUUACACUGCGCCCUGGAGGGCGGCGACCUGGUCUCCUUCAACUCAUUGGCCGAGGAAGAUUUUGUGAAGGGCAAAAUGGGGGUAGACCCGUUCUGGAUCGGACUCUCCAACCUGGAAUGCGGCCAUAAGUUGUGUCAUCGAAUGUCAGGCAAGGAGCCGAAAUGGUCCGACGACACGCCGCUGAUUUACAGCAACUGGGAUGCCGGUCAAGCCGUAAGCACCACAUCGGAGUCCUGCGCCUACGUCAAGCGAAAAGCAUCUGAUUCCGACCAGUGCGACAAGUGGAGAACCGGCUUGUGCGAGUCCUCCCUGGCGUACAUAUGCAAACGCUCGCCCGACGAAGGCCGACCGUUUGGCUCUCUCUCCGGUGCAAAGUGA